UAUUUUUUCCUUUCAUUUGCAUUUGACAUAAAAAUGGCAAGCCGUGGUGGUAAUCGUGGUCGUCAAGAAGAAGUGGAUAAUACCAUUAAUUACGUGCAAUGCGAUGGAUUGGCCGUGAUGAAAAUGGUGAAACAUUGCCAUGAAGAGUCAAGCAAUAUGGAUUUGGCUCAAGGUGCCUUGCUGGGUUUGGUCGUAGACAAAUGUUUAGAAAUUACCAACUGCUUCCCUUUCCCGAAAAGCGGCGAUGAAACAAUGGAUGAAGAAAUGUAUCAGUUAACUAUGAUGCGCCGUUUAAGACGUGUAAAUGUCGAUCAUUUUCAUGUUGGCUGGUAUCAGAGCUCAGAUGUUGGAAAUUUCUUAUCCAUGGCUUUGCUGGAAUCACAAUAUCAUUACCAAACUAGCAUAGAGGAAUCUGUUGUCGUCAUUUACGAUACGCAAAAGUCUGGCCGUGGUUUUCUCUGCUUAAAGGCCUAUAGAUUAACUCCACAAGCCAUUCAAAUGUAUAAAGAUGGAGAUUUUACACCUGAUGCACUGCGCAACUUGAAGGUUGGCUAUGAAAGCCUCUUUGUUGAGAUACCAAUCGUUAUCAAAAAUUCUCCCCUCACCAAUAUUAUGAUGAGUGAGUUGGGUGAAAUGUUGCCGGAAGAGCAGGGUCAAAACUUUUUGGACUUAGGUACAGCCUCAGUUUUGGAAAAUCACAUGCGUUGCUUAAUCGAACGUGUUGAUGAACUAUACCAAGAGUCAAUACGCUACAACAAAUAUCAACAAGUAGUAUUCAAACAAGAAACGGAGAAACACCGUGCUCUAGCAAAACAAGCAGCAGAGAACGUCUUGCGAAGUGCCAAGGGCGAAUCACCGAUUCCAGAAGAGGAAGUUCUUAAGCAGUUCCGCCCACUUCCAGUUCCACCUAGACUUAAUGCAACCAUUAAUUCGGGACAAAUUAAUACCUAUUCCCAACAUAUAUCACAAUUUUGCUCGCAAUCUUUGGCCAAACUUUUUAUUACACAAUCAUUACAAAAUGCUAAGGAGGCCAAGGACACUAAAUAGAUACACUUAUUUGCGGAAACAACAACAAAAAAUAUUAUAAAAUUGGCAUUUGUAUAUGAAACAAAUCGCUUUACAAAUUAAUUGUUCAGCUUUAGAAAUUCGUAAACUACUUUGUAAUCGUAUAGGAAGUUCCCAUAAAUAUACAAUUAAUAUCGAACAAAGCUGA